UCGCAUUAUAUAUCGAACCUCAUAACUGUCAUCUUCUCUAUCAGAAGAAGCCGCCAUGGCUUGCAUGAUUUCAGAUGAGAUGCUGGGGACGUUCGUACCUGUUCUGGUUUACUGGGCCUACUCCGGGCUGUACGUGCUGGUCGGAUCCUUCGACAAGUACCGGCUGCACUCAAGGAAGGAGGAAGAAGCCAAGAACUCAGCCUCCAAGGGGAAGGUCGUCGUCGGCGUCCUCGUUCAGCAGGCGUUCCAAAUCGCUGUCUCCCUCCUCCUCUUCACGAUGGCUCCCAAAGCCGAGGCGACCACCGCGAAGCCUUCCAUCUUGGUGGUGGGAUUGCAGUUCGCGGUGGCGAUGCUGGUUCUGGACACAUGGCAGUACUUCAUCCACCGAUACAUGCACAUCAACCGGUUCUUGUACCGCCACAUCCACUACAAGCACCACAGCCUCAUCGUGCCCUUCGCCUACGGGGCUCUGUACAACCACCCGCUCGAGGGGUUGCUGCUAGACACGGUGGGCGGCGCCAUCUCCUUCCUCGUCUCAGGGAUGACGCCUCGCACCGCCAUCUUCUUCUUCUCCUUCGCCACCAUCAAGACCGUGGACGACCACUGCGGGCUGUGGCUUCCGGGGAACCCGCUCCAUGUGUUGUUCAGCAACAACAGCGCCUACCACGACGUCCAUCACCAGCUCUACGGCGGCAAGUACAACUUCUCCCAGCCAUUCUUUGUGGUGUGGGAUAAGAUUCUGGGGACUUACAUGCCGUACUCGCUGGAGAGGAGGAAGGAUGGGGGGCUUGAAGCAAGACCAGCAAAAGACUAGCAUUAGGGAUAACAUUUCUUCAUACAUCUUGCCUGCAGUUCAUCCCGCCAACCCUGUGGAUGCAUGUAUUCCAUAUUCUAUCAAAUUAGAUGAUAACCAUUAGAGCAGUCUGUUGUGGACAAUAAAAGCAUGAAGAAAUGAGAAAGCCAACAUAUAAUAUUUCUGCAA